AUGACUGUAUUUCUGAACAAGUUCCUGGAUAACAAGCUUAAAGGUUUUCUUAUUGAUGAUAUCGAUAUUGAUGAUAGUGAUGAUAGUGAUGAUAUUGAUGCUAGUGACGCUAUUGAUCGUGACUUUGAUAUGGAGCUGGAGCUUCUAACUAUGAUGAAUGCGUUAACUAUGGAUAUGAUGUCGGAAAUAGACCGAUUUUAUAUCACCCUUCGAUUUGAACUAGCAAAAGAAAUGUCUCCUUACAUAAUAUGGAUUCCAAACAUUCAUGAUUUGGAUGUGAAUGAGGAGAAUUACUUAUCCCUCGGUCUAUUAAUGAACUAUCUCUCCAAGGAUUGUGAAAGAUGUUCCACUAGAAAUAUUCUUGUUAUUGCUUCGAAUCAUAUUCCCCAAAAAGUGGAUCCCACUCUAAUAGUCCCGAAUAAAUUAAAUACAUGUAUUAAGAUACGAAGACUUCUUAUUCCACAACAACGAAGUCACUUUUUCACUCUUUCAUAUACUAAGGGAUUUCACUUGGAAAAGAAAAUGUUCCAUACUAAUGGAUUCGGGUCCAUAACCGUCGGUUCCAAUGCACGAGAUCUUGUAGCACUUACCAAUGAGGCCCUAUCGAUUAGUAUUACACAGAAGAAAUCAAUUAUAGACACUAAUACAAUUAGAUAUGCUCUUCAUAGACAAACUUUGGAUUUGCGAUCCCAGGUACGAUCAGUUCAGGAUCAUGGGAUCCUUUUCUAUCAGAUAGGAAGAGAUGUUGUACAAAAUGUACUUCUAAGUAAUUGCCCCUUAGAUCCUAUAUCUAUCUAUAUGAAGAAAAGCAAUAGUUCAUCACCAGAGAUGACUUAG